UAGGCCCAAUUCCAGUUUGCAGACAGUCAACACAGUGGUAGUCUUCGGGCAGCAUGUCGCAGCGAAAGUUAUCGUUAAACAGCACAAGUUCGAGUCCCAAAUGGAGGUAUCUCUAUCUGAGACGCAAUCACAGGCAUCGCCUGGCCGCCUUUUUCGCUGAAUUUGUGGGCACCGCCACAUUCAUCUUUAUUGCCUGCAUGGGCUGUGUGACCACGCCCCUCUUCUUCAACUCACACUUCGAGCUGAGUUUGAAUUUUGGCCUUGCGAUUAUGAUUGCCAUCCAGAGUUUUGGAUCCAUUUCGGGGGCGCAUCUCAAUCCGGCCAUCACAUUAGCUGCUUUGAUCUAUGGUGCAAUUAAUUGGUAUAUGUCCAUUGCGUAUCUGGUGGCUCAAGUGGCUGGUGCACUAGUUGGCUACGGAUUACUGAAAGCUGUGCUCCCACUGAAUGCCAUCAUCGGUGUGGAUCAGCCAGCCGGAGUGUGUGUCACCACGCUCAGCAGUGACAUCUCAGAGUUGCAGGGAGUGUUCAUUGAGUUGCUGCUCACCUGCUUCUUGACGAUGGUCGCCUGCUCCGUUUGGGACCCGCGCAAUGAGAAACUCAAGGACUCGACGCCACUACGCUUUGGCCUCACAGUGUCGAGUCUGAAUUUGGCAGCGGGUCUCUUCACCGGCUCCAGCAUGAAUCCAACACGCUCGUUGGGACCUGCAGUGUGGAACAAUUCGUGGAAACAUCAUUGGAUCUAUUGGGUGGGUCCUUUGGUGGGCGCAGCGCUCACUUCGAUCAUCUACCGUUUGUUCUUUAAAGGCGAGCGCGAGGAAGUCAUCGUUGAGCUGCGCGACUCGAAUGCGAAAAUUCAAUUUAUCGAUAAGGUUUAAAUUCUACAGAGUACUAAUAUUA